GGUCAUGGUGUCGUCGGAGGAGGAUGGCUUACGUCAACGUCGCGGAAUGGAGUCCUGACCAAGUAUCAGAGUGGCUAAAGGGCUUGGAUGAUGUGAUACUUCCAUACAUCCAUUACUUUGUCAAUAAUCAAGUAGAUGGAAAAAGACUUCUCCAACUGAGCCAUGAUGAGCUACCUUCACUCCACGUCACCAAGAUCGGACACCAAGAGAUCAUUUUGCAAGGAGUGGAACUGCUAAGAAAUAUUCAUUACCACUUACACCAGGAGAAUGUACAGUACUUAGCUCUCCGCCUGAGUUCCAAAGCUCGCAGCAUCUACAAUGAGCUUCGUGCACUGUCUGCCUCAUCUAGAGGGGGUGGGGGGAGUGCAGGAGAGGAGGAGGAUGGGGAAGAAGAGGAGGAUGGGACAGGAGGGGACCGUGCUAGUGACAAAAAGAAGCAGGAGAGGGUUUCAACGGCUGUGAUUGCAGGCGUUGCUGAUGUUUUGUCAUCAGUCAAAGGAGUUGUGUCAUGGCUCAACAGGCAACCCUUUGAGGGUGUUGAACAGUAUGAUAGCCUAAAGAGCAACCUGGUGGAGCUGAGCAUCAGACUGGCCACUAUUGCGCAGCGUGACAUGUUUGCAGAAAAUCAGGCCACAGUCAUCCUCCAGUCGUGCCUCAAGCUGGCAAAUAUUUCUGAUAAGAUCAUACAGGAGUGCAAUGAUCCCCUUAUCAUCCAGCCAGCAUCCUUGGAUAUUGCCACAAUAAAGAAGAAAGCAGAUGAUGAAUGGGGAGUGAUGCUACAGUCAUCUUACCAUGGGGUCCACCAGGUAUCAGGGGUGCGUGCACUAAGCCCUGCACAUCAGUGUGGCAAGUUGCAGGAAGGGGAUGAGUUGGUGCAGGUCAGCUACCAGACAGUGGUUGGCUGGGCUCCCCACAAAGUGGCAGCAAUCAUGCAGGAGUGUCCUGUGGAGGUGAUUCUCACAGUGAAAAAGAGACCUUGUCAUUCAAAUACAGUGACACAGAUCUACUUCAAGCCGUUCCGUCUACCUAGUAAAAAGAGGACCUACUCCCCUUGGGCAACCUCAGUCAUGACAUCACCCAGGGAUGACCUCAAGAGCAUUCCCAACCUUCAACUCCCACCGUCUGUUGGCAAGUCUUUACAGCGCACAGAGUCCAAGGAGUCACGUCCGAGGUCCCUCACCCCGCCACCAGCAAACAACACUCCCCCCCACGACCUCUGUCCUCACUCAGCAAUGAUGCACGAAACACGACAUCGGAUAGCGAGGCAGAAGACUCUGAUCUGGAGGACGACCCAUUCUUCUCAGACAGUGAUGUUUGUGGCUCGUCCCCCAUCAGUGCGCGACUUUACCACCCCAAGCCACGGGCACCAGUCCAAAGGCGAGCAACUAUUCCUGGUGCAACAACAAGACCUUCCUUCAGCUUUGAUAAGCUACUGCAAGAUGUGAGAUGGCAGCGAGGUGGCCGCAGCCCUGACGGGCCAAUACCCUCUGACCCAGACCUUCGUGCAACAGCUGGGGUGGAACAGCGUGCUGCUCGCCCCCAUACAUGCAUUGGUACUGAGAAGAAAGAUAGGAUGACAGGAGGUAGUGAAG